AUGAAGCUGUCCGCCAUCACCCUCCUCGCCCUCGCCGCGGGUGCCAUUGCUGCUCCUGCCCCGGCCCCCGAGGCCGAGGUUGCUCCCCAGGAGGAGAAGCGAGAGGCAUCUCCUGGAUACGCAAGCUACGGCGACUACAAGGGAGCUGGCGAGAACUUGCCUAGCUAUCCUAGCUAUGGCACCUAUGGAGCCAAGCCCAAGCCCAAGCCCAAGCCCAAGCCUGCUCCCAAGAAGCCUGCUCCUAAGAAGUAUACCAACUAUGGAAGCUACAACUACAAGAAGUACGGCAGCUACGGCUCCUACAAGCGCGAGGAGGUCGAGAAGAGAGAGGCCGAGCCCGAGGUCGAAGUCGAGGUUGAGAAGCGAGAGGCUGAGCCUGAGGCCGAGGUUGAUGUUGAGAAGAGAGAGGCUUCCCCCGGCUAUGCUACCUACGGUGACUACAAGGGUGCCGGCGAGAACCUCCCCAGCUAUCCUAGCUACGGUACCUAUGGUGCUAAGCCCAAGCCCAAGCCCAAGCCCGCCCCCAAGAAGCCUGCCCCCAAGAAGUACACCACCUACGGAAGCUACAGCUACAAGAAGUACGGCAGCUACGGCGCCUACAAGCGCACCACCGACUGGAUCAAGUCCUGGUUCUAA